AUGAAGAAGAAGCUCCACACCCGUUUCCCAGCGACGAGGAUUAAGAAGAUUAUGCAAACUGAUGAAGAUGUUGGGAAAAUAGCAAUGGCGGUCCCUCUUCUUGUUUCUAAAGCUUUGGAGCUGUUUUUACAAGAUUUGUGUAAUCACACAUAUGAUGUAACUCUCAGCCGAGGCGCUAAAACAGUAAACUCUGUUCAUUUGAAGCAGUGUGUGCACGCGUUUAAUGUCUUUGAUUUCUUGAGAGAGAUUGUUGGUAAAGUUCCUGAUUUGGGUGGCUCAGAAGCUGAAGACCAACCUGCUACCAAAAGAAGGAAAGUUGUGGAUGAAAGUAUAUGCAACGAUGAAGAAGAUACGAAGACCAUUCAAUUGCUUGAGGUCAAAGAUACUGGCGGUGGCAGAGGAAGUCGAGGUAGAGGACGUGGACGUGGUGGUGGAAGAACAGAAAGUGGCUUUUCUCUGAAGUUUGAAGAUGAAGUAGAAGAUGUUUAUCCCGACCACAGCAGGAGGAGCUCGUCUCCGGAAAACGGGAGCGUUUCUAAUGAUGAUGAAGCAUUGGCACAGAGGAAUCAUGUUAAGUCGGAGUUUAAAGUAAGGAACUUUGAUCUGAAUGUGGGAUUAGAUGAGAACGGAGAGUGUGUUGCAUCGGUGGAAAGACGGCAAGAGGGAAGAUCAGGCUGGCCGUUGUUUGGGAUCAAGGAAAUGAAAUCAGAGUCUUGUGAUCAACAGGCUAGUGCUAGUGAGGAAGAUUAUGAUGAAGAAAGCAUAGAUGAGUAA